AGCAAUCUGUAAUUCUGAGCGGAGUUAUGGGGGAGUAAUUCCUGAUACCUCAUUUUGUGCAGGUGAUGAAAAUGGAGGCUUUGAUACAUGCAGGGGCAGGGGAGCUCCAGCGUGGGGGCAAAGUACACUGCACGUAAAACGCUCCAGCAGGAAGCCAGCAGGAGUCUCCAAACGCUGAGAAGGGGAAGCAGAUUAGAUUUGGAAUAAAGGAUCGUAAUCAAUUUUCCUUCCACAGAAAAGCUGGGAACGUUCUCAUUUCACUUCAGGAAAACGCAGCUACACAUCAACUUCUGCCAAAAAUUCAGCAAAAAGCAGCCUCUUGCCCCUGAUUUGACUGGAGCUGCGUUUUUCCAGCACACCCAGUUCCUCCUCUGCGGCUGAUUGGCUCUGGACCACCGCCAGAAAGUCAUGUUCUGUAAUUUUAAAGGAGCCAGGUCUUCAACAGCUGCUGUUUUUUCUCUUCCGAGAUGGCAUCCACUGUCUUUGUCCUUCAGCUGGUCGUCCGAAUGCUGUCAUUUCCCCUGUACCUGCUGAAAUUUCUGGGUUUGUGGAACCAGAUUUCUAAAAAAUGGUUUCCCUACUACAUGAUGAAAUUUUCUGUGACAUACAAUGAAGAGAUAGCAGGCAAGAAGUGGGAGCUCUUCAGCAACCUGCAGGACUUCGUGGGCCCCUCAGGGAAGCUCUCCCUGCUGGAGGUGGGCUGUGGCACUGGGACCAACUUCAAGUUCUACCCGCCUGGGUGCACAGUGACCUGUGUUGAUCCCAACCCCAACUUUGAGAAGUUCUUAUUCAAGAGCCUUGCAGAGAACCGCCACCUGCAGUUCGAGCGCUUCUUGGUGACUGCCGGGGAGAACAUGCACCAGGUGGCUGACAGUUCUGUGGACGUGGUGGUCUGCACCACAGUGCUGUGCUCCGUAAAGAACCAGGAACAGAUCCUGCAUGAGGUGUGCAGAGUGCUGAGGCUGGGAGGGGCUUUUUUUUUCAUAGAACAUGUGGCAGAUGAGCAUUCAACCUGGAAUUACUUCUGGCAACAGGUCCUGGAGCCUGCCUGGUACCUUGUGUUUGACGGAUGCAACCUGACCAGAGAGAGCUGGAAGACCCUGGAGCAGGCCAGUUUCUCUAAGCUGAAGCUGCAGCACAUACAGGCCCCACUGUCCUGCAAGGUGCUGCGCCCCCAUAUCUAUGGCUAUGCUGUGAAAUAGCAUGGGGUAGUGGUAGAACUGAAUGACUUGAAUAUUUUAAAACUUUUGUUUUUUUAAGAUUUUCAUCUAAAAUACUAAUUAGGAGAAGAGACACUUAAUUUUAUGUAAAGUUGAAUUCAUCCUUAUAAAGCCUCUGUUAUAUCCUGCUUAGCCAUUUUUGAUCAUGUCCCAAAGAAUCAAACCCACCCAAAAAAACCCAACUUGGAACUCUCCCUUCAAACGAAUCGGGGCUUUCAUAAUUGAAGUCCACCAUUAUGUGCAACCCUUACUUUCUUCAGGGACUUGGAAAUCUUUUCAUUUGUCUUAUUUAAUUGUUACCCACAGGGCUGGGAACAGCUCAGUUGGUAGAGUGCUUGCCUUACUUGUACAAGGCCCUGGGUUCAAUCCCAGCACCACCAUCAAAAAAAAAAAAAGUAAACUAAAUUGUUACCCACAUAUUUUAAUUCCACCCCUCCCAGGAGA